ACUGCAACCUGCUCAGAGAAUCUCAUUCUAUUUCUAUCCCACCCAACCAGACCUUUCCCCUUCCAAAAAUUAAAUAUUAAAUUCCUAAAAAUUAAAAAAAUAUUAUCUCGAUUUGGUUCCUCAUCAGCUCAGCUUUAGUUUUAGUUCCAUCAAAAUCAAAACCUGCUAUGAUGGGCUCAAACUCAAUCCAAAUCCCAAUCGCUCUGGCCUAUCACACCUCCCCUCCUUCUUCUCUUUCACCUCUCACCUUCUCCCUUCCUCUACUUCCUCGCGCGCCUUUACCUCCCUCUCUACGACGUCGUUUCCAGACUCUCCGCCUCGCAAUCCAUCGCCGCUCUUCAAUUCUCGCCUCCUCCUCCUCCGCGGCCGGCGUCACCAAUUCCGCGCCGAGAAAUGGAAACUACACCGUCAGCGAUUUCAUGACCACCAAAGAGCAUUUACACGUCGUUAAACCCUCCACAACCGUCGACCAAGCAUUGGAUUUUCUGGUGGAGAAGAGAAUUACCGGAUUUCCUGUGAUUGAUGAUGACUGGAAGCUGGUUGGUGUUGUUUCGGAUUAUGACUUGUUAGCAUUGGACUCCAUAUCAGGAAAUAUAGGAGGUGGUAGUCAACAUGACACAAACUUAUUUCCAGAUGUGGACAGUUCUUGGAAGACAUUCAAUGAAAUACAGAAAUUGCUUAGCAAAACGAAUGGAAAAGUUGUUGGCGACUUGAUGACACCUGCUCCACUUGUUGUUCGUGAAACCACCAACCUAGAAGAUGCUGCUAGGUUGUUGCUUGCGACAAAAUAUCGCCGACUGCCAGUUGUAGAUAGUGAUGGCAAGCUGGUUGGGAUCAUUACAAGGGGAAAUGUUGUUAAAGCUGCCCUUCAGAUAAAACGUGGUAGUCAAAAAUUAGCUUAGUUCAAAGGAACAUUGUUGGAGCUCAUACACAUGCACAAUGAGCUAGCUAGAAGUUCAUGAACUCGAAUAUGUCACCAUUAUUUCUGCCGCACACAGGCUGAACCUGUAGUUGCAGCGAUUAACUAAGAGAGCCAAUUAUAGUAUUGUAGAUUGCUCUAUAAGAGGGUUGUCCUUGUAUUUUUCAUGAAAUAUAUAUAUGUAUAUUUUAGGCUUGUAAUUGAUCAACAUUGUCUAGGUCCUCUAGGAUCAGACCUGAAUUUUGUAUUAUAAGUAAUUUCUUAUACUUCACAGAUUAUUAUGAUCUCAGAACCAUGAGAAUUUAAUUUUUA